CCAAAAUCAACCGAAGCCAAGCAAAUCCGACAAGGACGAAGCAAAGAUCUCCAUCAAGCAAGCAGUCAAGCCACAAAAGAUCGGAGCCAUCAUUCCAAGAAAUAGCACGAUGAAGAAAUCACUGCUGCAAAGGAUUGCACUGUGCACGCUAUUUGCUGCAGUAGCCCAAUUUCCAGCCGCAAGUGGGUUUCAUGCAUCCUUCGUUGGAUCAACAUCAGAACAUCAUGCAAGGAUAUCUUCGGCCUCUGCCCUGUUCAUGGUUCAGAAUCGUGGUCUGGAAGUGAGACGAGAUGGAGCCACACCAUCAGAGGGUGGCAUGUCCCUGUAUUUGAAAGCUGGCCCAGAUGGAACGUCGGUCGGUGAUUGUCCUUUUGCUCAUUUUGUCCGCAUGGUCUUGGAAGAAAAGGGAUUGGAGUAUGAUUUGCUGCCCAGUGUUCAAGAAACCAAACCAAGAUGGUUAGUGGACCACUAUGAAGGCAAAAUGCCAGCCUUGCGCCAUCGAAAGGAAUGCUAUGUCGAGUCGAGUGUCAUCGCCGAAUACUUGGAUUUCUUCUUUCGCGAACCAGAAUUAAAGGGUUCAACAGCCGACAUGGAAGCAGCUGAAGCCGCAAUCGAUGGAAUUUUCCCGGCAAUUGCCAAAUAUCUGAAACACACACCAGAUGGAGAUGACGAUGACUUGGCAUUAAAAGCUGGAUUGGAAGAAAAAUUGACCGGCUUGGAAACACAUUUGAGCAGUGCUGGAAGAACUGGUCCUUUCCUUGUUGGUAAUGGUGACAAAAUGACCUUGAUUGAUUGUUCUUUGGCACCCAAGCUUUAUCACAUGGAGACUGGAUUGGAAGGUUUCAAAAACAAAUCCAUUGAUUUGCAACAACAAUUUCCAAAGGUCCGGGCAUACAUGGAUGCUGUGUUUGCCCGGCCCAGUUUUGAGGCAACAGUUUAUCCCACUGAGACAGUGCUGUGGGGAUGGGGAAAUGCCAGAUCAUAGAAUCCAAUCUGCUGCUUCUUAGCGCAAGAGUUUCUUAUCUCGUCUUUGCGGUGAGUAGUCCCAAUUUCUAGAGUUUCUUAAAAAUGUACCGUUGUCAGUCG